AGGUACUCAAGUAUCAUUGUGUGUAAUGUAGGAAACCGUUAAACUAAGUGAAAACAGACCAAAGAAGUUUAGAUCAGAAAAGUCCAUUCGAAAUGUUAUUGACAAUCACACACUGAUGCUAAAAAGUUCUAAGUUAAUUUGUCUCAUAACUGGUUUGCAAAAUUAGCAGAUUUUAAUUUAACCAUGCAGAAACACAAUUUAAUCCGGUCGCGCAAUCGGAUUAAAACGUGAUGUAUACAUGGCGCCAGCUCAUAAUACAAUAGAUUAUAAUGUAAAUGAAAACGAGUAUAUAGGCUUUAUAUCGUCAACUUUUGGUCUAAAAGUAAAAAUAAACUAUAUUUCAGGUUAAAUUGUAUUGCGACAGCGGAAGUAAGCAGUGUGCGCCAGGCUUGAGGCAGUGUUGCGAACAGAUGGCGGAUUUAUUAGAGAUUAAAUGAGGUUGCUAAACGGAGCGGACCUAUGAAGGAAAAUGGCGAGAAAAGCUGCAGCUCUCUUUCUUUGCACAUACAGCUGCACUACAAGGUUCCAGUUCAACUUCUAAAUAUGUGCAUCUGUCUUCUGAUUGACUAACACAUAGCAGGCAGAGCAUUACCUUCACCUGAUCUGUAUUUAAGACUGCACAAAAGCCUUCAUGUGUGUGAAACAUGAACAUGACAACAGCGGAAAAGACAAAUGUGCUUAAACUGCUCGUCCUUCUAUUUAGCCAUUUUAUUGUCUCAAGCCAGUUAAUUUGCCGCAGACCCCGCUAUCAUGACUGGCACACUCAGCCAAGGAACAUCACCCUGAGGUUGUCUGUCAUGGAGAACACCUGCAAGAAUGUGAAUCACUGCUGGAAUGGUAUUUUGGAAAGUGCGCAAGAGUACUGGAUGGAUCAAUCGUAUGCAUUUCCUCAGUUAUGCCCCAUGGAGGUCCAGUUGGGAGAUAAACUGUUUGCCUUCACUGACCCAAUACUAGAGCAGUAUGGAAUAAAUCUAAUUAAUGUGUCAAAAGAAGAAUUUGACAUUUGCUUUACAGAGCAAGUAGAGAACCAACACCUUUUUGCCAGCUGUAUGAAUGGUAGCAUGCAGGUGGCCUCAAAGUGGCUUUCCCCUGGCAUUCAUUAUUUCACCGCCACUCAUAAAGGCAGUAGCCAUUUAUGCCAGCUUGGCCUCCGCUUUACUGUGCUGGUCAAAGAGCAACACUGUCAGAGCUCUCCACAUUUCCGCUUGUGCUCAGGAAAAGGUGUUUGUAGGGCGAAAAUUGGGCAGUUUGCAUAUGGCUGUCAGUGCCACAAGCCCUACUUUGAACCAUAUUGUGAAGCUUUGGACAUGUGUUCUGAAGGUCCAUGCUUAAAUGGUGCAAUCUGCAUAGGCAUUCACUCUGCUCAACCAAGUCAGGCUUCUUACCAGUGCUUGUGCCCAUCAGUAUUUACAGGUAUUAACUGCUCUGAAAUACUUGGCCAAAGCAACUGUGUCAAGCGCUGCAGAAGUGGGGUGUGUCUACCAGUGUCGCCAAAAUCCUUUCGAUGUGAAUGCUUCAUUGGAUACACAGGCAAGUAGAAUAAACUGUAACAUGCAUCUAGUUAAGUUAAUGUGAAAUAACCUGAUCCACUUAAGUUAAGUUAAUG